GCUCAUGAGAGGCUUGAAGAUUCAAAACUAGAAGCUGUCAGUGACAAUAACUUGGAGUUAGUCAAUGAAAUUCUUGAAGAUAUCACUCCUCUAGUGAAUGUGGAUGAGAAUGCAGCAGAACUGGUUGGAAUACUCAAGGAGCCUCACUUCCAGUCGCUCUUGGAAGCCCAUGAUAUUGUGGCAUCAAAGUGUUACGAUUCACCUCCGUCAAGCCCAGAAAUGAAUAACUCUUCUGUCAAUAAUCAGUUACUGCCAGUAGAUGCCAUUCGUAUUCUUGGUAUUCACAAAAGAGCUGGGGAGCCAUUGGGUGUUACAUUUAGGGUUGAAAAUAAUGAUCUGGUAAUUGCCCGAAUCCUUCAUGGAGGAAUGAUAGAUCGGCAAGGACUUCUUCAUGUGGGAGAUAUCAUCAAAGAGGUCAACGGCCAUGAGGUUGGAAAUAAUCCGAAGGAAUUACAAGAAUUACUGAGGAACAUUAGUGGAAGUGUCACCCUAAAAAUUUUACCAAGUUACAGAGAUACCAUUACUCCUCAACAGAGUUGGGCCAAUAUGGAGCGGCAUCCAGCACGCAUCCAUCAGGUAUUUGUGAAGUGUCAUUUUGAUUAUAAUCCAUACAAUGAUAACCUGAUUCCCUGCAAAGAAGCAGGACUGAAGUUUUCCAAAGGAGAAAUUCUUCAGAUUGUAAACAGAGAAGAUCCAAAUUGGUGGCAGGCUAGCCAUGUGAAAGAGGGAGGAAGCGCUGGUCUCAUUCCAAGCCAGUUCCUGGAAGAGAAGAGAAAGGCGUUUGUUAGAAGAGACUGGGACAGUUCAGGACCAUUCUGUGGGACCAUAAGUAGCAAAAAGAAGAAAAAGAUGAUGUAUCUCACAACCAGAAAUGCGGAAUUUGAUCGGCAUGAAAUCCAGAUAUAUGAGGAAGUAGCCAAGAUGCCCCCUUUCCAGAGAAAAACAUUAGUAUUAAUAGGAGCUCAAGGUGUGGGCAGAAGAAGUUUGAAAAACAGGUUCAUAGUGUUGAAUCCCACUAGAUUUGGGACUACAGUGCCAUUUACUUCACGGAAACCAAGGGAAGAUGAAAAAGAUGGCCAGGCAUAUAAAUUUGUGUCGCGGUCAGAGAUGGAAGCAGAUAUUAAAGCUGGAAAGUACUUGGAGCAUGGAGAGUAUGAAGGGAACCUAUAUGGAACCAAGAUGGACUCUAUUCUGGAGGUCGUCCAAACUGGGAGGACAUGCAUCUUAGACGUCAAUCCACAAGCACUGAAGGUGUUGAGGACCUCAGAGUUCAUGCCCUAUGUGGUAUUUAUUGCUGCUCCGGAGCUGGAGACAUUACGCGCCAUGCACAAGGCCGUGGUGGACGCAGGGAUCACCACCAAGCUUUUGACAGACUCCGACUUGAAGAAAACAGUGGAUGAAAGUGCGCGGAUUCAGAGAGCUUACAACCACUAUUUUGAUUUGAUCAUCGUAAAUGACAAUCUAGACAAAGCCUUUGAGAAACUACAAACUGCCAUAGAGAAACUGAGAAUGGAACCACAGUGGGUCCCAAUCAGCUGGGUUUACUGAUGAUUCAAUAAGGUUAACAAUUAAAAUAAAACUCUUAAAAAAGUGACUCAACAAAUAAACCUACUGAGAAAAUUUGUGCACAGAUAGAAGAUAUCUGCCAAGUUCAGGCAUUUUUAUCUUCUAGAUUGAAAUCAGUACACCUCUGAAUUUUUAUAUAAAACGUGGUUGGGACGGUGUACUAAUAUAUAAUUUAUCUUAAUUUUUCUAACUUUUUAUGGAUAAUCUUUCUAUUCAUAUCACAUAAAGAAAUGCGUUGAAGCAUUUUGUAUAUGUUUUUGAUUUAGUACCCUUGCCCUUCUAUCACAGGAAUUUUCAGAUCAUUCACUCUUAACAUUGGUCUUACAUUUUCACUGUGAUAAUGAAUACUUGAAGUAGUUUUGUAAAGAUGCCAUUUAGUUCAAUAUUUCACUAGUGAAGGGUCAGAUAGUCUUAUAGAAGAAAACAGUAGUUACUGACUCCUUCUUAAUCAACUUUCUUACAAAAGGAGAGUUUUAGGGUCGAUGCUGUGGCUGAUCUGCCAUCUCAGUCUGACAUCAGAAGUCUUCAGAGUCUCAUACUUUAUACUAUUCAGUGGCAUGU